UUGUAUUACCGAAAAAUGUGUUUGUCAAUCACCUUAUAGAACAAGGGAAGUUGGAGUAAAAAGAGUAUUAAUUCCAAAUUUAUUUGUCGAUUCAAAAUGUGAUUCUGGGGAUAUUGCUUUACUUGAAUUAAUGGAGGAAGUAAAUUAUAGAAAAAUACAUUUAGCCCGUCCAACCACUCCUUUACCUUCAAAUAAAAUUUUAUAUGCUUCUGGGUAUGGUUAUGAUCCAGAAAGGAAAAUAUUAAUUGAUAUGGAUGAAUUGAAGACUGUUGAAGUUAAUGUACUGGCAAAAUGUCCAAAAUAUUUAGAAAGGGAGGAUGACGCCAUUUGUGCUGAUGAAGUUGUUUUGGACCAAAAUGUUUGGAGACAGUGGCGCUUCUUUAAAAGACAUAGGAAAUGUUACGACUAUUUUUGGUAUAUUUUUAAGUUUGGUUUUAAAAAAUUAAAAUCUUUUUUUGAUUAA